AUGAAUAAUGAAAUCCCUUUCGAGAAUGAUAAUAGAAUUAUUACAAAAUGGGACAAAUUUUUAGGAAUAUUAUAUGGAAUAGGGUACAAUAUUAAUUAUAUUAUAGGAGCAGGAAUUUUCAAUUCUAAUAGUAUAUGGAGAGUAGUUCAGUCGCCAGGAAUUGCUUUGAUGCUUUAUGUUGGUUGCGGUAUUAUUAGCCUUUUAGGCAGUUUAAUCUAUAUUGAGGCGAACAAAGAUACAUUACCAAUGUUUUUCCAAGUGAAGAAAGAAAUUUUGGACAUUAUAAUAUUACCCGGAGAAAUAGUAGCUGAUUCUUAUAUUUCAGCCCAAUACCUUCUCUACGCUAUUCGAGGAGGAAGUUUUAACAAUGAUUAUGAUUUGAU